UGAAUCUGCAAGUGCACCUUCUGUUGAAUCACUAGAAAUUGAUAGAAUUAUGUUACAACAACUACUUAUGACUUAUCAACCUGAAGAUAUCUGGAAUGCUGAUGAAACUGAUCUUUUUUGGAAAAUGGAACCUUCUCAAAUAUUGGCCCAUUUUAAAACAGCUGAACAUAAAAAAAAAAGCACAAAUUACA